ACAAUUAAACAAAGUGAUUUUACAACAUCUUUAGAAAUGUCGAGGUGCUUCAUUCUAUGGGAUAAUUUUGUAUACAUUUUUAUGUUUUAUAACAGUACAACAUGUGUUUAGGUGUUUUUAGAGUCCUGUAAAUCUACCAAAAAGAACAAAACAAAGCAGAUAACAAGAUGCACCGACAUUGAAAUUGUUUAAAAUAGUGAAUUAAUAUUGUGACUGUUGGAUUAUCUUGAUGUGCUCCGCGGUUGAGGCGAAAGUCUGUACCUUAAGAAAUUUUGUGUCAAUAAGUGACUUUUACUUUCGUAUGGGAUGUCUCUAGACAAAUACAAACAUGUUAUAAUUAUUUCCUUCUUUAUGAAAUGUUAUGUAUUUUCUUGUUUAUUGUUGUGUGCCAUCCUGCUGAAAUACAGUUAUGUGUACAUUCUCGGCAUUUUCGACAGAACAAAAGCAAGCGAAAUAACACAAGAACUGUCCUUUAUACAGAAAAAAAGUGUAUGGAAGGAACAUAUAGUGACAAAUAACAUAUUGUACAGAGGUGGUCAAUACUUGACAGAAGAAAACAUGGAGAAUAUAAAGGUUCAUAGUGUCAACCAGUGCAAGAGUCGUAGAUAUCUUGUUUACAAAUGCGAUUCUUCAAGUUUAUGUGGGGGUUGGGGAGACCGCCAAAAUGGUAUUGUAUCAUCCUUUCUAUUGGCACUACUGACAAAUAGGACUUUCAUUAUCGAUAUGACAAAUCCUUGCAAACUGGAAAACUUUCUCCUGUCUAAUGUUUACAACUGGUCAAUAUGUAGGGACUACAUGAGAACACUGCCAAAGAAAAAUUUUACUAGCUUCAAUUAUGUUGUAGGUAGUAGAAAAUUUUUGAAUCAAAUUAAAGACUUUAAUUUUGAUAGGAACUGGACAGCUCAGGUUAUAGGUUUAAGAUUUAAUGCAUAUAUGCGUGUUAUUGAUCAGAUCAGACAACACAAGCAAGCUAAAGCAAGAUUGAACUGGUUGUUGAAUUCUACAAAUGAGGAGGUUAUUCAUAGAGUACUGCACACUUUAUUUCAACCAAAUCAAAGACUUCUGGAUGAUGCUGUAAAGCUCAAUACGAACAGGAUACAUGACAAGCAUUUAGUGUGUAGUCACAUUCGUAAAGGAAAGAAUCCCAGCAUUCCAGGAGAUAACAAGCUUCCUAGAGGAACUCCAAAUGAAACUUUGAUAUUUGACUUUUUGAAACAAUACAAUGAUGACAGAAAAUAUGCUAUCUAUAUUGCAACUGAUUCGGACGAAGUUAGAAGACUUGCUGAAGAAUCUAUUAAAUCAUACAUUAACAUUAACAGAACAAUUGUUCAUGUUGACCGACUGGGAAAACUGAAAAAGUAUAAGGAAGAAUCUUGUGAAGGAUUUUAUACAGUAAUUUUUGAGCAGUUUAUGCUAUCGCUCUGUGACACACUUGUAUUAACUCGAAGUAAUUUUGGUGGAAUUGCAGCAUAUAUAAGAGGCAUUUCAGACAACCUUUUCUUGUAUAAUCAAAAAACUGAUAUAAUACUUCCAUCUAACUUAACUUAUAUGCAACGCAUAUUCAAAUUUAUCUAAAACUGAAUUAAAGCGGUGUUUGUGUUUUUUUA